UGCUGUCAAGUUUUUAGGGGGAACGGUCGUGAAAACCAUCAAUCGCGUAAAACUUUUGUUUUAAGUACAGCAAAUGUACCAAUUAUACAGCAGCACAACAAAUAAUUUUAUACAAUUACUUUUACACUAAAAUGCUGCGAAUAUUGUGCAAGAAAUAUAAACAAAUUUAGUAUUAUAUAUAACAGAAAAGGCAUCGAUUGCCGUGUUCUGCGCCAGGAACGGAACGAAGGGAACGGAACGUGUUUGGGGCGGACUUGUUUUUUAGUGUCUAGUGUGCAAAAUAAUAAGAAAAAGAGGACGCUGCUGCAACUAACUGUGUUUUUUGUUUUUGGGGAGAAAUAGCCGCCACAGGAGUGCCAAGAGCCAAGUUAAAAGAGGUGUCUCUCUUUAUAUACAUAUAUGUGUGUGUGUUGUGUAUACGUGUGCGCUACAAGAACAAGCUGUGUGCGUUUGUAUUGGUGUGCUUGAGUGCGCCGCAGUUGUGCGUGUGUGUGUGUGUGCUGCGGUCUUGAUGUCUGCGCACACAGGUGAAUUAUUGUUGCAAUACGACGCUGCGCUGCCUUGACGCUGCUGCCACCUCUGCUGCUGCUGCUGCGACAAAGCUGAAAAGCUGAAAGCUAAAUCCGAAAAGUUAAACAACAACAACAAAAGACAAACUGUGAAAAAUGCUGCGUUUUCUAAGUCGUCGCAAGGUGCGCAACAACUAUGCGGAUAAUACAAGCAACCUGCGAGGUGGCGGUGCUGCUGGCGUCGGCGGCGCUGUCACUGCCGGCAGCAGCGGCGGCGUCGGGUCACAGAUUAAACCCCAACGCAUUGUGGUAAACAAAAACAAAAUCGACUGCCGUGUUAUACUGCUCGAUAAUACUGACCUUUCCAUCGAAUUAUCGAAAAAAGCGCUGGGAAGUUUCCUCUAUGAGCAGGUCUUCUACGCUCUGGACAUCAUCGAGAAGGAUUACUUUGGCCUGCAGUUCAUGGACGCCAAUCAUGUGAAGCAUUGGCUCGAUCCCACCAAGCCCAUCAAGAAGCAGGUCAAAAUUGGACCACCGUAUACAUUCCGACUGAAGGUUAAAUUCUACUCAUCGGAGCCAAAUACGCUGCGUGAGGAAUUGACACGAUAUUUGUUCUUUCUGCAAUUGAAACAAGAUUUGCUGGAGGGGCGUCUCGACUGUCCAGAUGAUAAAUCCGCCGAACUCUGCGCUUUGGCCUUGCAAUCUGAACUUGGUGACUACGAUGAUCAGGUUCAUUCGGCGGCUACAGUUUCCGAGUUUCGUUUUGUGCCGGAGCAGACGGAGGAUCUGGAGAUUGCCAUAUUGGAGGAGUACAAGACAUGUCGGGGCUUAACGCCAGCUCAGGCUGAGACGGCUUUCCUGAACAAGGCCAAGUGGCUGGACAUGUAUGGAGUGGACAUGCACACGGUGCUCGGCAAGGAUAGCUGCGAAUAUCAUUUGGGUUUGACGCCCACGGGAAUACUGGUGUUUGAGCGAGAUCAAAAGAUUGGCCUCUUCUUUUGGCCAAAGAUUAGUAAGCUGGAUUUCAAGAAGAAGAAGCUAACGCUCAUUGUCAUCGAGGACGAUGACGAGGGACGCGAACAGGAGCACACGUUCGUCUUUCGAUUGUACAAUGAAAAGGCCUGCAAGCAUUUGUGGAAAUGCGCCGUGGAGCAUCACACCUUCUUCCGCCUGCGAGCACCUGUCAAAGGUCCCUCCGCUCGCCAGAACUUCUUCCGCAUGGGAUCCCGCUUCCGCUACUCCGGCCGCACUGAAUUCCAGACCACGCAGCAGAGUCGCGCCCGUCGCACGGUGCAAUUCGAGCGACGUCCGUCGCAGAGAUUCGCCAGUCGUCAGUCGCAUCUGUUGCGGGAGCGUCAAAAGGAAUCGGCCGCUGCUGCCGUGGCAACUGUAAAUGCUCGUGCCGCCGCCGCCGCCGCAGCUGCUGCCUCUGCCGCUGCAGCUGCCACAUCUCAAGUGGCAACUCCACUGCCUAUAGAAAAUAAUAAUGAAACAUUCGACUCGCUCAUUUCGGCUGAUCAGUUUAUGACCGUAACACCUUCUCCCUCCGUUCUUACUGUUAUACAAAAUUCGGCCAUUAUUGAACCGGAUGCCGCCUGCAGUGGCUCCAUUAGCUCAUCCAGUCAAGCUGCGGCAGCUUGCGCCUCCUUGGGUCGCAAUUCCCUCAAGUCCAACUUCAGCAACGAUGAUCCGGCUUACAGCAAAAUUGGCUCCAUUGGCAAGGCGGCGGGACUCUCUGUUAAAUUGGAACCGGAGUACACGCCUCCUUAUUCACCGAAUGCCACCAAGAACUUUGAUGAGACGAAUCCAUUCCGUAGUGCGGCAACUUCGCAUCAUGGCAGCUUUGGCAAGGCAUCAAUUAGCUCCGGUCAGCUCAGUGUUAGGAGCGGCUUGUCGGAUAAAGAUAGAGAGCUAGAUUCAUUACUUAAGUCCAUUGUUAAAGAUCCAUCCCCAUCAGUGCUUGCAAACGAAGCCAUUAAUGAUGCUAACAGUAUCAGGGUGACCAUCAACAAGACCUUUGACAUGGAUCACAAUACGGAGACACUGAAGCGACUCUCGAAUACAACAAACAAUGAGAAGCCCAACAAUCAAGUGAAACUGGCCAAUGUGGGCGCCACAGCGUUGCCACCCGGCAACAUCAAGUGCAAUAUACUAAAGGCUCGCGUGGAGGAGGAACUGGGAGCCAGUGGCAAUGCGAAGUUGACCAAUCAAAUGUUUGUGCCUGCCGCGCACUCGAGCAGCAGCAGCAACACCAACAGCAACAACAUGCACGUCAACAACAACAACAAUAAUAAUCUGAAUCACUCACACAACGACGGACCGGAUUCCCUGAAUGCCACCUACAUAUCUGUGGGUGGCGAUAAGUUGACGCUCAGCAUACCGGAACAAAAGCCGAGCAGUGGCAGCGGCAACAGCAGCAGCUCGAGCACUUUAAAUGCCCGUGCCAGCAGCAGCUCACCCUUUAGCAAUGCGACAUUUGUCUCCGGUUACAGUGGGCCACCAACGCCGCCAUUAUCGCUGCCAGCAUCGAUAAAUCAUACCAACAACAACAGCACAAGUGUCACCACCAUAAGCACGCCCAGCAUUAAUGUAAAUGCGACAACUGCAACUGCAACUGCAACAUCGACAGGAAUCGAUGCAACACCCUUGCUGAGCAAUGCCUCGGCAGCUGAAAUACUCAUUAAUGAAAUAUUCAUUAACAAUAUUAUCAACAAUAAUACAACGACGACGAGUGCUAGUGGUGCAAGUGGUUCUAGUGGUGCACAGACCAAAUCCACAACAUCCACAUCCACUUCCACUUCCACAACAACACCCAGCGCUGGCACCUUGCUCUUCUCCACGCUCAGCGAACAGGAGCGUUUGGAGGCCCAGAAGUCGCAACAGCAACAACAAACGAAUCAAACUGAAGUUGAUUCAGCGCAAUGUGAAAAGAAGAACAGUCUGCAGCUGGAAAAUAGACGUAUUGCGGCAGCCAACAGCAGCAAGGAUAUGGUCUCCCCUUGGUUGGUGUCAUCCGAAAGUGUUUCAGCACCCAAAGGACGCGAGCCGACCAUAAUACGCAAAUCCGUUAUUACAACACAGUUGUAAUUAUUAUUUAAAAUUUGUUUAACUAUACAUAUUAUUAUUAUGAUUAUGAUUAUCAUUAUUAUUAGUGUAAGCGUAAAUGUUCGUAUUUAUAUUGUGUAAGCUGAUAUUAACUAUGACAAAACUUAGAGAACUUCCUUUUUAAGCAUUCCAAUCGAUAGAAAGACAAUUGAGAGAGCAGGUCCAAUCAAAAAUGAACACUUUGUUAACUGUCCAUUAAAUGUGCCUUAAAUUAUACUUAAUAUAAUAAUUGUGCUUAAACAAAAACGGAAACUGAAACUGAUGUAGAAACAAUGUACUUAAACAAAAAAAUACAUUACCUACUCGUAAUGUAUUUAAUAAUAAUAAUAUUAAGUGUAUAGACUGGAUUUCUUUAGAAACAAAAAAAAAAAAAAAAAAAGAAAGAAAAUGAUAAAGCAAAAGUGAUGUCUGUCUUUCUGCUUGAUAUAUACAACGAUCUAUAUUUUAGCUUAGAAAAUGUGACGAUAAUGACGAUGUUCUUUAUUUCAAAUUGCAGUAUUCAAAUUUUAACCGACCGAUCGAUUAAUGAACAACGAAUAAUAAAUAUCACAUCAAGUUUUUUCCAAUA